GUUAUAACCCUCAUACUCCAACCCCAAACCUAAUUCAUUUUUAUUUUCAUAGUCAACUCUUGUUUUGUCUCUAUCUCCUUAUAUUAGUUCUCAAUUAUUCUCUCCCAACAAAGAGAAGUGGAACAAAAAGUUUUACUCCAAUGUUAAUGGCUUCGAACCAGAAUAGCUUCAACAAAAGCAUAACACAUGCCAAUCCCACAACCAUAUUCAGUGAGGUCCGCCGCAAAAUAUCAUUUCGGAAGAAAAAGUUGCCGGCGGUGCGGCUCGGAGGAGGAAAGAAGCACCGGCGAAGAAUUUCUAUAGCGAAGAUUUUCCGGCGAGUCCGACUGAAGUGGCUGAAGUUGCACUACUUACGUAUGCUGAAGAAGAUUAAGGAAUAUUAUGGGUCUUUGGUGAAAGACAUAAGGGAAGGUAACGAAGCAAUUGAUGCCUUUCAGCGACGGCUCUUAUUUGAAACUUCGUUUGCUAUUCCGGUGAUGGGUCUUUCCUUCAAUACUUUUCCCAACCACCAUAUAUAGCAGUUGAAUGUGACAUUUUUCUAACUUCUAUGUGAACGCGAGAUAUUUUGAGCAAAAAUCUGCUCAUAUAUUUUGGUUGAAAGGUGAACAAAAAUAAUCUUUUUGUUAAGUACAUAUUUUAGUUCAUUUGAAAUAUUGUUAUCGUUGAAAUUAAGAUGUGCAAGGUAGCAAAAAAUACAAAUUUCUUCUUAC